AUGUCAUCACCUUCCCAAAGGGAAUUUCUUUCCCCAAAAUCCACAAAGAAGAGGCCUCCUAAUAGUGCGGAGCUGCUGCCUGCUCGAGCCAAUCCCCAAAAGAAGAGAAAAGACACAGCUUUGGGAACUGGAGGCGCAACUCAUUAUCCACAUAAUAGCAAUAUCACAAGAGUUCUAACAUCCAAUCCACAAUUUGGAUUGCCACAAAGACAAGAUUAUCUAUUCUACAACAGAAAGAAACUGAAAAUAUAUCACGUUAGUUCCAACUUGAACUCAUCCGACCCCUUGGGGAUUCCAUCAUUCCAAUCUUCAGAGACCAAUAGCGUGAUUGAUGAGCCUCUAAUCAGUUCAAUAAAUAGGACAAAGAUAGCGUCUUUUAACAAUGAUUUCCCUAGUUAUAAUGCAAAUACUCUUUCAAAGACAUUGCUUCAAAGAAGGAAAAACAAUAAGUCUGACGUCCAAGGAAUGAAUGACGAGUAUCAUUCUGAUCUACUAUUAACCGCCGGGCCAAAUAUUGGGUACAUCGACAGCAAUGAUGUAUUUCAGGACAGUAGUGAUGUUGGAUAUAAUAUCAAUGAUACUACAGAUAAUCCGACCAGUGAAUUUGAAUUGAAUCAUGAAAUUAUUGAAGAUGAUAAUGACGAAGAUGAAAGUGGAUCAGAGAAUUUUCUUGAUGAUUAUAUCAGAAACGAAAACAAUGGGAUGUCUCAACUAAAUAACCCUUUUGACGAAGAUGAUACACUUAUAUCUGAAAACCAGGAAAUGGAGGAAACGUUGGACGUUGGGCUGAAUAAUAACGCUGACACCACCAUCGAGGAUCUUGACAAGACUCCGAUUUUCAAGCGAAGAUCAUCACUAACGAGUCGUUCAUUAAGUUUGAUUUCGAAAACUCCAUUUUGGAGAACUCCUGAGCGUUCUAAAAAUAGUAGAUUGGCAGUUCGAGAAGAUAAUCAUGAGCCAAGCUUCAAACUUGACCCAUUCGGCCGAGUUACCUCAUCAUUUGAAUCAUCAUUCUGUCAAAGAGGUAGUAGUUCAGAUGAUAUGAAAACUGAGGAAGAUAAGUUUUAUUGGAAUAGUGAUCUAACACCUCCAGAUAGCGAUGUUAAUGAAAAGAAAAGAAGGGGUGAUCUAAAAGAUUCAAUAGCUGUCAAAAAAGUCAGGAAUAAAUCAAAAUUAAAAUCCAAUUCAUUUACUCAUUUUAAAGUGAGAACCGCCCAAGAUCCUGAUGCAAACACCAGUAAAUUUGAGUCUGUUAAUGCAAGAAGUGGUUCGCUUAAUAGAUUGAAAUCAAGAUCUUUUACUAGAACGAACUCUACAACCGAACAAGGUAAUCUCAGGUUUGCCAAAAAUACAAUUAACGCUGCUAUUGAUGAUGCCACACCAGUUGUGCAACUUGAAAAACUCGAAUUGCAAUUUAUACCAGAUGAAAUUGAAGACCUUAAUAAGUUGAUAUGUGUUAAUCCUUUGUCUUCAGAAAUCUACCAGCCAUUGCUUGAAGUGUACCUUUCAAACAACGUGCUCCAAGAAAUCAAUCCCAGACUAUUUGAUUUGAGGAAUUUGAGUGUCUUAAGUUUAAGAAAUAACAAGAUUCGUAAUAUUCCAGGGAAAGUUCGUGACUUAGGAUCAAGCCUAAAAUAUUUGCAAAUUAGUGGGAACAAAAUACUGUGGUUGCCUAGUGAAAUUAUCCAGUUGGAAAACCUUCAAACUCUUAGUGUUAGACCUAAUCCGAAGUUAUUGGAAUUCUCUGAGUAUGUCCAACUGAAUAAGGUAUUAAAGGUAAUUUAUGGCUCUGAUCUUACUUUAAAAAGAUCUCCUGGGUUUGGAAAUUCCAAGAUCGCAGUGAAAAAGUUUAUUGGAGAAUUAAAGCUUAAUCCAAACUCUAUAAGGGGAAUGGGUUUAAGUACAUCAAUUUCAGAUUUCUCGCAAUUUCUUUGUUCACUAGAAGAAAACUCCAGCAUCAUUAAACUCCCAAAACUUUCAACAUUUUGUUUGAAAAAAUUUGAAAACUAUUAUUUAUCAAUGACUGAGAUCAAAAACUGGUAUAAGGCUUUAAGCAAGAGACAUAAGCAUAUGCUUGAAUCAACUUUGAAGGGGCUUGUCAAUGAAAAACGUUGCUACUCAUGUCAUCACAUAUUAGUAUACGAUGAUGACGAAAAGACUUCCUUGACGACGCAGAGUAGUGCUAUUGGCUCAAUCCUAGAAUACUAUGAUAUAUGUGAUAUCAAACUUGUGCCAGUAUUGAAAGAGUUUUGUUGCUUAAAUUGUGUCAAAAAGUACUUGAAGCUGGAAGUGUUGAAUGAUGUAGUACUAAAUGAUCAGCGUGGGUACCAUACCGAUGGAUGGGUGAAUGAAAACAUGGAUCAACUCAUUGAGAAGUCACCGCCAGAUAUAAGCGUGCCUAAUUCCAGCGAAGUGAGUACUGAGCUACAAUUUAAUGCUGAAUUUUAG